AGUACUACUAAGAAAAUUCUUUAAAAAAGAACAACAUUUUUGCAAUUUUUAAAUAUGUGUAUUUUGGAAUCUGAUUGCGCAUACUAUGUGCAUAUACUUGGAUGUUCGUCUCAUAAAUCGUAAAAAGUUUAAAAAUCUACUUUUUAAAAAUAUGUAGCAAAACAUCGAAAAGUCGUCUUUUUGUUUCAACUACAAACCCUAAUAUGAAUAAUUUGUUUUAUUCCACAUUGUUUCAUUUUUUUAUUAACAUAUAUUUUUUGCACGGUUAUUUGAUUUUGACGUUUCCACUAAAAUUCGCUUCAGCGUUUGUAAACAAUAAUACCGAUUUUUGCGAAAAAAUAUUAUUAACAUUACAUUCAAUGUAAAACAGAUUAAUAAUGAUAACAUUAACGAAACUUAACGCAAAGGAAAGGUGUCGCACCUGUUUGUGUAAACUUCUAAAAGAUGAAAGUAAUUCAAGCGAUUUUGACAAUAUAGUGACAUCGUUCCCAAACAAGUUUGUCGACAUCAAUGUAAAUAAGCAUUUACAAGAGAUGCUGGAAAAAUAUGUGUCCUUGGGGUGUGAAAUGGAUUUGUACAAUGAACAAUCGUACCCGCAAUAUGUAUGCAUAGAGUGCUUGAAGCACUUGGAAACGUUUGAUACGUUUCGAAAUAAGGCGUUGGAUAGUGCUAAAAAACUAUAUAAAGUAUUUAGUGACAAUUUCAAUGUUGCUAAAAUAGAACUGAACGAUGAUGGACUCGAAUUUAAAGACAAUAAAACGGAUCAAUUAAAUGUUUGCGUCAAAGAUGACAUUUUCAAUUUAUUUCUGAAAGAUUCUUUGAUGGAGACCGAAGCAAUUAUUCUAGGUAGCACCGAUAACAAUAAUGAUUUUAAUAGUAUGGAUCCUGAUCCAUUCCAAAACACACAAAAACAAGAUCAUUUGAGAAAACCCAGACCACGGAGGGCUAAAGGGAAAAUCUAUACCCUUUCCAAUAGUAAAUUAAGCCGUAAAUGUAAAAAAUCUAAUGGCAUAGAAGAAAGUGAAUCGAUAAAUUUAAAUUUGAAAGGAGUAACAACGAACUUAGAGCAAAAAAAUAGGACGGAAAUAUGUCAGACGGAAAAGGAGGAUAUCGACUCGCAAGAUUGUACGUUUCAAGAUGCAGAUGAUAAUUUGUCCGAUAAUGAAGUGUUAAGUAAUAAAAUUCAACAUUCCGAAAGAGCAGCCAGGGAAAGGCAACCAAAACUAAGAAAAUGUAAUAUUAAACCAAAUGAUGAGAUUACAUUUUCGAACAGUGAAUUUCGAUUUGAGUUAAAGGAGUGUGAAGAAAAUACUAAAGAAAACUCAAAAGAAAGUAAACCCAAAAGUUCAACAUAUAUAAAGAACGUCGAGUUGGAAAAGCAACAUUCAGAAGCUAUAAAAACUGAACUGAACUCUGGUUGUGAAUCAUCAAGCGACGGUGAAUUCAAUACAAAUACACUGCCAAAUAUAACCGAGGCGAAAAAGAAAAAAAGACACUAUAUUUUAAAUAGUGGUCGAAAGAAAGGACUGGCUAAUAGAUACAAGUGUGAUCAAUGUCAGCAUAAGUUUGGUCAUAAGCUUACCCUUGAGGCACACAUCCGUAAAGUACAUGAAGGACAAAAGAAGGCGUUUAAAUGCCAACUUUGCGAUAAGGCAUAUUCGUUUGUAGGAGGGUUGUCAACUCAUAUUAGAGACGUACACGAAAGGAAGCAGGAUUCGUACGAUUGCAGUAUUCCGGGAUGUGAUAAAAAGUAUAGCAACUUUAUUACAUUGCAACGUCAUGUGCGUUUUAAGCAUCUCAAUAUGGAAACAACUCAUCAAUACGUAUGCGAACAAUGUGGAGCCACAUUUAAACAGAGUUCAAAUUUACGCUACCAUAUGAAAACUCGACAUCCGACUGAAGAGGAUUUGAGGCGGAAAGAACUGUUGCCUAAAGAUAGAUUGGAAUGCGAGGAAUGUAAAAAGUCGUUCCAUUCUCAAUAUACCCUUAAAUACCACAAAUUACGGGUACAUGCAGACGAGAAAAAAUUCGAAUGCAAAAUUUGCGGACGUCGGGUUGCAAAACAGUUUAUGUUAGACUCACACAUGUUGGUACACUCCGACCAGAAACUGGCUUGCAAGUUCUGCGGUCGAGAGUUCGUUCGCAAAUAUCAGGUGGAAGCUCACAUUAGAGCAGUUCAUCAAAAACUAAAACCUUUCCAGUGCCCCCAUUGCAGUGAAAGCUUUGCUUCACGUAAAACUUUACGCCAUCACAUCUAUAUACACACUGGCGAAAAACCAUACGUAUGCGAUAUUUGCGGGCAGGCAUAUCGUCAACCAACUUGUUUAAAAAAUCAUCGUAAAAUUCAUAACAAACUUACUGCAAGUGAUGCGGCCCCUGUUGUAGCCGCUAAUCGCAGUUUCAUAGAUAACUUUGUUGAAAACAAUGAUGAUGCGCUGGAGCAGAAUUAACAUCUAAAUUAAUUUAUUUAAUGUAAAAUAUAAUAAUUCUAAGUCAAACUUGUGUUUUGAGUGAUAAUUUGAAUUAGAGGUGCAAGUAAUCAUAUAUUAAUUUGUCCUAAAAAUUGACCAUCGAA